AUGUCAAGCAUGUCGAACCAUAUAGCUCCUGCAGCACGUUCUCUUGGCCUGAGAACACUCCACCUGAAAGUCAACCCAACGCCCAGGACAUUUGCAGAACAACGCGAGGUCUUGCGAGUCAUCGAACGGUUUGGUGAAGUUUCCGUAUUCAAAUCACUUAAGUACGAUCCGCAUCGCCCAGUCCAUAAUGCCUUUAUAGCCGUCUACAACUCAGCUUCCUCUGCUCGAGAUCUCCAAAACGCAUCGCCUCUCCGCUACAGACUCAUUACAGAAUCCUCGGAUGCAUCCUCGACAGAAGACCCCGAGAGCAAUACCUCCAACUCGACAGUCUUCGAAUUGAACGCCUCCGAGACUACAUACAACCAUUAUGCCUUCCUCAAAUCGCCUCGAAUGAACCCCCUCCAUGGGCCAUAUGUCCCAGCUACCCGGAAAUCUUCCUACAAAGCAGCGUCCCUGUCAACGAUAGUACCAGAUUCCAAUUGGUCUGAGGGUGUAAUUGACUGGGAUACGGAGAAGAGCAGAUGGCACAAUGAAGAUAUUCUUGCCCCGGAGGAAGAGACACUGACCGGAAAGCACGGUGAGUCUGGUGAGCGGUGGAUUAAGCAGGAGGCCAUUCUGAGGAAGCAGGGCAGCAUGCCUGGCGUUAUGGGAGGGCUACAGAGGAUAUGGCGCGAGAAGCUCCACAAGGAUAGCAUGCAAAGAGACUCGAUAGGAACCACCCGCGCCAAUAAAUCUGUAGAGGAAGUCGCCAAAGGAGAUUGA